AUGAACCACACCUCCAGAAAAGAGAGACAGAGCCGGCCAAAAAUCUUUGACAAGUUUGACGCAUGGGCGUUCAAGCGGCACUUUGCUCGCGUCGGCGCCGCCGAGCGCUGCACGGAGAGCAUAUUCACUGACCACCAACGACAGGUGUGCGACUACGCGCUCGUCUACGCGGAGAAGAAGAACGACGGCGACGCGCCGUACUCGGUCUCCUUCACCGCGACGCAGAGCGGCGACGUCAUUGUGCAGCUCCACCCGCACUCACAGCUCGAGCGCGCGGUCCGCCAUGAGCGGCAGGCGCAGGCCACGGAGCCGCCUGCGAGCGCGAGCCCUGCGGCGCCGCCAGCCCCUGCCGCCGAGCCGCCAGCUGCGGAGCCGGCGACCAGCAUGACGAAGCGCGGGCAGCAGCAGCGCGGCAAGGGCCGCAGUGCCAGCGGCCGCGCCAAUGCUGGACCCCGGCUCGUCGACAAGAACGCGCUGUCGGCGCGCGGCGGCGGGCCCUCGCGCCAGUCGCGCUCUCCCUCACCGGACUCGCCGCCCGCCAAGCGGGCGUCCUCCGCCGACUCCUCCGGCUAUGACACCGAUCUACCGGACGAGGUGCAGCAGGAGGCGGUCCGCAGGGUCUGCGGCGCGCUCGGCCUGAAGGAGCAGUACGACGCGGCGGUGGCGGCGGGAGAGCUGCUCGAGCUGCUCGAGAGCCUGCCGCGAGGGACAGUCGAGGCCUCCAUCCGGCUCAUGCGGGGAUACACCCGCACGGGCGAGUGGCCCGAGCCCAUCCUACCCAGCCCUGCCCCGGAGCGCGGCCGAUCGCCUAGAAGCCCCUCUGAUGAGUGGUCAGAUGAAUAG